AUGCUGUCCAUUCGAUUCCCACUUGUUCCUACUCAUAAGAACACUACUACUCUCUCUCAUCAUCUCCAAAACAAACCAUUUUCUUCUGUUACCAGUGACCGUGACCUAGCAAAAAGAAACAGAAGAAUCAGAUGGAACUUUGGCCCUUCAAUUUCUUCUCCCAGAUUUCGCAAGCUUCUUGUGAAUGGAGUAUUAGAAGAAGAAGAAGAAGGCGAAGUAGGAAAAAAAGGACUGGCAGAAGUGCCGGCCGGCCUCCGGCGAGAACUAAUGCCGAAACAUGGCGCCGUGUCUCCGGAUGGCCACAGGAGGCGGGCCCGGAAGAGGGGUUUACCGGUGGACGAGGAGGAUGUUCACAGUUUUAUGAACUGGUGUGAAAUGUGGAUAAAAUCAAUUGCUAUGGAGGAGUGGAUGAGGAAUAAUGUUCGAUUAUCUGUGAUCGGGGACAAAUCGAUGCUCCCCAAUUCUCUGCAACAAGUGAUAUCUGAAGCAGAGAAUGCUUUAAAGGCAAACUCAAGACUCCAUUUUAUAAUAGGACUAAGUUAUGGUGGACGAUAUGACAUACUGCAAGCUUGCAAAAGUGUUGCUAGCAAAGUGAAGGAUGGUCUCAUUCAAUUGGAAGACAUCAACCAAAGCAUAUUUGAACAAGAACUAGAAACAAAGUGUACCAAGUUCCCCAACCCUGAUUUACAUAUACGAACAAGUGGCGAACUUAGACUUAGCAACUUCAUGUUGUGGCAAGUGCACUUCAAUGAAUUUUACUUCGCUAACAAAUGUUUCCCGGAUUUUGAGGAAGUAGACUUUAUAGAGGCGUUGAACUCAUAUCAGAAACGUGACAGACGGUUUGGUAGGAAAAGCGUCAGCUCAACCUCAAACUACGAGCAUCCAUCUCCAUAG